ACUUGGAAAGGCCUUCUGCGCAUGCGCCACUCGAAAAGGAGAGCUGCCGAGGUCGAACUGUUGGAUUCUCCUCAGUCCUGAUCAAAAUAAGGCAAAAAUGCCUACAGACCACGAUGAGAGAGCAUACCCGGAGCCUCCUACACGGACUCCGGCUGAGAACAGGCAGUCAUCACUGCCGGACCCCUAUAAAAUCCUGGCUUCAAUCAGCGCUGUGUUCAUUGACCUGCCUGUCGUCAAAUUUAGAGGUUUUAUUGAGAGUCUUCGGAGUGACAAGAAGAUGGUCUACUACCACCAGAAGUUCCGCCGUGUCCCCUACCUGACGUCUUGCGAGCAGGGAGAUUUCCUCUGCUACUAUGAGGCUGAGAUGCAGUGGAGGAGAGACUUCAAAGUGGACCAGGAGAUCCUAGGGAUCAUGCAGGAGCGUAUGAGGGCCUGCUACACCAGAGAAGGAGACAGCUGGCAGCAGAACUGUGCCAAAACAAUCCAGGACUUCGACCAGACGGCCCGCAACUACCAGUCACGAUACGGGGACCUGGGAGUCUACGCCAGCGCCAGGAAAUGUCUCAUGAAGCAGAAGGAACGGAUGAUGGAGGCUCAGGCCCAGAGCUCUUAAGAAUCCCUGCUGAUAUCGCUCCUGUUUAUUCAUUGUAAAAUAAAAAAAAUAUAUGUGAUGAAUUGUGUCUG